AUGAUGAAGUCCGCGCCCGCCCUCGUCAUCGUCGCUCGUUUGCUCUUCAUCACCUUCGUUGCCAUGCUGCGCGCCUCUUCACGCCCCGCGCUGGCCGCCUCGCGCACCACUGCCCCCUUCCUGCGCGCCUCUGCCGCCGCCCAUGGCUCCUGCCGCGGCCUGGCCUCCGUGACGGAUCUCCAGAAGCUGCCAAAGAUCGGAUCGCACCUGCACGGCUUCACGCUGCGACGCGCCAAGCACGUCCCCGAACUCGAACUGACAGCCCUCCACCUGCAGCACGACAAGACGGGCGCCGACUACCUGCACGUCGCCAGAGACGACUCGAACAAUGUCUUUUCAAUUGGCUUCAAGACCAACCCGCCCGACGAUACCGGCGUUCCGCAUAUCCUCGAGCAUACUACUCUGUGCGGAAGCGAGAGAUACCCUGUCCGUGACCCUUUCUUCAAGAUGCUGCCGCGCUCGCUGUCCAAUUUCAUGAACGCCUUCACCUCGUCAGACCACACCACCUACCCUUUCGCCACCACAAACCCCCAGGACUUUAAGAAUUUGAUGUCUGUGUAUCUGGAUGCCACUCUGCACCCUCUGCUGAAGGCGAACGAUUUCACCCAGGAAGGCUGGCGUAUUGGCCCGGAGAAUCCUCUGGAGCCUGCGUCGAAAGACAACCAACUGGCUUUCAAGGGCGUCGUUUACAACGAGAUGAAAGGCCAGAUGUCGGAUGCAGGCUACUUGUACUACAUCCGCUUCCAAGACCACUUGUUCCCGGACAUCAACAAUUCAGGCGGAGACCCGCAGAAGAUCACCGACCUGACCCACGAGCAGUUGAAGAAGUUCCACGCGGAUCACUACCAUCCCAGCAAUGCCAAGGUCUUCACAUACGGCGACAUCCCUCUCGAGGAGCAUUUGAAAGACAUUGGAGCGCAGCUUGACAAGUUUGGCAAGAUCCGUGUGGACACGGACAUCAAGCUACCAAUUGCUCUCGAUGGGCCGAUAACCGUCACUGAAAAAGGUCCCAUUGACCCCCUAGUACCGGCAGAUAUGCAGUACAAAACAUCGACAUCUUGGCUCAUGGGUGACUCGUCCAAUAUAUUGGAAUCAUUCUCCCUUGGACUCCUGUCAUCUCUGCUGCUGGACGGUUACGGCUCUCCUCUGUAUCGGGGGUUGAUUGAGGCAGGGCUGGGCCCAGACUGGAGCCCGAACACUGGGUAUGAUGGAUCCGGAAAGGUCGGAAUCUUCUCUAUCGGUCUCAACGGCGUCAAGAAGGACGAUGUACCCAAGGUCAAGGAGGCUAUCUUCAGGACUCUGGCCGAAGCCAAGGAGAAUGGCUUCAGUCAGACGAAGAUCGACGGCAUUCUGCACCAAUUGGAGCUGUCUCUCAAGCACAAGACUGCUCACUUCGGCAUGGGCCUCAUGCAGCGCCUCAAGCCUGGCUGGUUCAACGGCGUCGAUCCCUUCGAUGCUCUUGCGUGGAACGAGGUUGUCGAAGCCUUCAAGGCUGAGUACGCACGAGGCGGCUACCUGGAAGGCUUGCUGGAGAAGUACCUUCUAAACGACAACACCUUCACGUUCACCAUGGAGCCCUCGGAGACCUAUGCGCAAGAGAUUGCAGAAGAAGAGUCGCAGCGGCUGGCAUCUAAAAUCCUCGAGACUACUAAGAAAUUCGGGACCGAGGAAGAGGCGAAGAAAUUUCUGGAACAGCGCGAGCUGGAGCUUCUCGAGGAACAAGAAAACGGCAGAAAACAAGACUUGGGAUGUCUUCCCACGGUUCAUGUCAAGGACAUUCCGCGUCAAAAAGAGAAGAAAGCAGUUAGGCAAAGCCUAGUUGGAGAUGUGAAAGUACAGUGGAGGGAAGCGCCUACCAACGGCCUGACCUACUUCCGCGCUGUCAACGUGUUCGAGGAUGUCCCGGACGAGCUUCGUGAGAUGAUUCCCCUCUUUAGCGACGCAAUAAUGAGGCUCGGCACCAAGGACAAGACUAUGGAACAAUUGGAAGAGCUGAUCAAGCUGAAGACUGGUGGCAUCAGUAUUGGCUACCACUCGACGACUACGCCCACGAACAUUCAGGGAUAUGAGGAGGGCCUGGUUUUUGCUGGAUCUGCACUGGACCGCAACGUUCCAGCGAUGUACGAUCUGAUUCGAACUCUCAUCGCGGAGACGAAUUUCGAUGGCCCGGAGGCCGAGAAGCAGAUCCGUCAAUUGCUACAAGCUUCUGCCAGUGGCGCUGUCAGCGCAGUGGCCGAGUCUGGCCAUGCCUACGCAAGGAGGUAUGCUGAGGCUGGCAUCACGCCUGCAGCCCGCUUGCGCGAGCAGACUGGUGGCCUGACGCAGGUCCAGUUGACGACCAAGUUGGCAUCCAGGUCAAAGUCUGAGUCUUUUGAGGACGUCAUCAGCAAUCUGAAGACUCUGCAAUCACUGGCCAUUUCCAACAGCAAGAACUUGCGUGUUGCACUGACAUGCGGUCCUGAGAGCUCUGCGUCCAACGAGGAAGCUCUCACUAAAUUCUUGUCCUCGAUUCCGGCUAACCAGACGGAGAUGCCGGCCAUCUCCCGUCUGACGGCGUUCCCCCGUAAUGCCAAAUCGUUCUUCCCUCUCCCUUAUCAGGUCUACUAUUCUGGCUUGUCAAUUCCAACUGUCCCGUACGUCUCGGCCGAUGGCGCACCUCUACAGAUCCUUGCCCAGCUGCUCACUCACAAGCAUCUGCAUCAUGAGAUUCGUGAGAAGGGUGGCGCGUACGGUGGAGGGGCCUACUCCAACGGUCUUGGUGGCAUCUUCGGAUUCUACAGCUACCGUGACCCGAACCCGCAGAACACGAUCAAGAUCAUCAACGAGUCGGGUGUCUGGGCGCGUGACCGUGAGUGGACGGACAGGGAGCUCGAAGAGGCCAAGCUCAGCGUCUUCCAGAGCCUUGAUGCGCCGGAGAGCGUCAGCCAAGAGGGCAUGAACAGGUUCCUCAGCGGCGUCGACCAGGAGAUGCAACAGACGCGGCGCGAGCAGCUUCUCGAUGUAAAGGCCGAGGACGUCAAGCGAGCGGCGCAAGAACUCCUGGUCAAUGGAGUGCCGAAGGGCAACCUGGCUGUGCUUGGUGAGAAGAAGGAGUGGGUGAAGGAGGACUGGACAGUCAACGAGCUGCAUAUGGUUGGGGAGUAA